AUGGGUUUGAUCAAGACCGCCAUCAUUGCCGGCGCCGGCAUCUACGCCGUGAACAAGAUCACCAAGAGUGCCGAACACCGACGCCCAAACCCUGCCGCAUGUGCCGCGCCGGACAGCACCUCGCGCCAACAACAAUACUUCGACGCCCCUCCAUGCUACUACCCUGGGCACUACCAGGCAGGGCCGGUGCCAGAAAAAGUCAUGCCCAUGGAAUUCACCGAGCGACGCGGCUCACCACAGGAACGGCAGCACCAGCAGCUCCAGCAAGGCCAAGCGCAAGUGCUGUUGGCGAACAACAGCGCUACCUCGCCCUUGCCGUGUGGCUACUACAAUAAUAACCACCAGCAGACGGCAUACGACUACGGUUCAGACUUGAAAACCGCGCCGGAACUGGCGAAUACGUACGCCGGCAGCGCCCCGCCAUCACAGUACGACAAUUGGCGACAACAGCGGCGCCAGCAGGGCUUCGUUGAGCCGGACGAGGUCAGCAACGCCACCUUCGACGCGCCGAGCGGACGCAGGACGGGGUUGUUCGAUACAUUGGCUCAACAGGCUGGGAAUUUGAGGGAUGGCAAGGGAAAGGAUCUUUUCGGCAAACUGCUCUCGAGAUGA